UUCUCUCCGUCCUUCUGUUUUCAAACAAAAAGAUCAUUCCCUUUCUUUUCCACGCGCCUUUUUUUUUUUUUUUUCCCUUUGAUUCAGUUUAUUAAUUCCUUCUUCUCCUCAAUUUCGUGGAAUUUAAUUUCCUCAAAAUUCUUGGGAAUUCGAUACUUCUCUUCAAAAUCUCCGUUUCUGCAGAGAAGAUCCAACGAUCGAAGAUGAACAUCUUCGCGAAAAAGCCCACAGCAAAAGAGGCGAUUCGAUCGAGCAAGAGAGAGAUGGCAAAUGCAACGAGAGGGAUCGAGAGGGAGAUUGGAGCACUGCAGCUAGAAGAGAAAAAGCUUGUUGCUGAAAUAAAGAAGACCGCCAAAACUGGAAAUGAAGCUGCGACUAAAAUUUUGGCACGUCAACUUAUCAGGCUUAGGCAACAAAUUGCUAAUUUACAAGGUAGUCGAGCUCAGAUGCGAGGUAUAGCAACUCACACACAGGCAAUGCAUGCCAAUACUUCAGUUGCUAAUGGCAUGAAUGGUGCAAGUAAGGCGAUGGAAGCCAUGAACAAGCAAAUGGCACCUGCAAAGCAAAUGAAGGUGAUUCAAGAAUUUCAGAAGCAAUCAGCACAAAUGGAUAUGACGAGUGAGAUGAUGUCAGAAUCGCUUGACAAUGUCUUAGAUGAUGAUGAGGCCGAAGAGGAAACUGAGGAACUGACUAACCAGGUUCUAGAUGAAAUCGGUGUUGAUGUUGCAUCACAGUUGUCUUCAGCUCCCAAGGGAAGAAUUGCAGGGAAGAAGAGCGAGGAUGUUGGAAGUUCGGACGUGGAUGAGCUUGAGAAGAGGUUGGCAGCCCUUAGAAAUCCCUAAGAUGAGUUUCUUAGUAAGGUGACCAUGUGAUUUCAGUAACAACGCUCUGUUACUGUUGGAUCUCCUCAAGUUUGUAUAGAACAAUCUUUUGCAUAUCUACUUCAAUUACACAUCUCCUCUUCUGGUUUGUUUAAGGAAUGUAUGGGUUUUAUCUUUACUUUUUCAUUCUUUCAGUUUGGUCAACAUGUGUAAGAUUUUGUAGAAAUGAUUCAAAACAAUAUGAAUGUCAGGUCGUUGAUCAGUGUCUCCGAAUUGCAAAUGGGCGGUAUCAAAAGUAGUAGGAAAAGGUUUGUCUGA